GAUUGGAAACAAUAUACUCAAUGUAGACGCGUUCGCUGUUUUAGAUUUACCGCUACUUGAGAGGCUAGACUUCACUGAAAAUCAGAUACCUGAUGUCGAACCGAUGACUUUUAGUAAACUACCAUCCCUCAAAACCUUGUUGUUAAGAAACAAUCCUAUCGAGCAUCUGAAGACUGGAGCGUUUGCUGGGAUGAAGGUUCUGUCAAGCCUACUGCUAAGUGGCUGCAACAUAUCUCAAAUAGAUGCUGGUGCGUUCGAAAACAGCAGCACAAUUCAAACAUUAAAUAUGAGGACGAAUAAAAUAACUGAACUCAAGUCGGACAUGUUUAAAGGACUCCACAGCUUGAGGGAACUGUGGUUGGAAGAAAAUGCCAUCUCCCAUAUCGAUCCUGAUGUAUUCAGUGGACUCACAUCAUUGAGAAGUUUGAGGCUGCUCGAAAACAAACUCGAAAGGGGAAACCGGAGCUCACUGAAAGAUCUCAAUGCAUUAGAAGAGUUGAAUCUCAGUUUUAAUCCGAUUAGUUUCAUUGAGAGGGGGUCAUUCGACAAUAUGACUCGACUUCGUGAACUUCACCUUGUUGAACUCCAGAUAAAACAACUUCACUUGGACACAUUCACUGGGUUACCAUCCUUAGAGAAACUAUCUACCGAUGACUAUCGUUUGUGCUGUCUGUUCAAGAACAUCACCUGUUCUGUCAUCAACCCAACGCCUCUGGACUCCUGUUCCCGUUUGACGCAUAACGAUGUCCUCAGCAUAGCAGUGUGGCUAAUCGGAUUUGGAGCUCUCUUCGGCAACUCUGUUGUCAUAUUCGUUCGUUUUAGAGAGGAGAGGCACGGCAGAAACUACGUACAAAGGCUCUUCGUCACCAACUUGGCCUUUGCUGAUUUUCUGAUGGGUGUGUACAUGGUGACAAUUGCUUCUGUUGAUAUCUUUUACGGCGAGUGGUACUUCCUUUCGGCACCAAUCUGGCGUGAGUCUCAGCUCUGCCGAUGGGCAGGGUUCGUGGCCUUGCUCUCAAGUGAAAGCUCUGUCUUCUUGCUUGCUCUCAUCACCGUAGAUCGCUUCAUCUGCAUCAUCUUUCCCUUCGGAACAGUCCGUUUCCGGUCUACAUCAGGUCGGAUGGGAGUUGGACUGGUGUGGACUCUAUCAUUUACUCUCAGCCUGGCGCCACUCCUCACUGGCUUGUACAAUUUAGACUUCUAUGGUCUCUCAGAUGUGUGCGUUGGGUUACCUUUCAAUACAUACACAGAAAGAAAGGGCCGCAUCGUCUACUCAUCACGCGACAACAUUUACCAGUUCAUCGCUCACGAGGAGACCGAACAACGUCCUUACUGGCUGUACUCUGUCGCUCUUUUCCUCGGUGUUAAUUUCAUUCUCCUAAUCCUCAUCUUCUUUUGCUACUUGUUGAUCUUUCUCCAAGUACGAAGGUCGGCCAAGAUCACUGGAUCAGAGAGAAUGAAGCGAGAGAUGCGCAUGACCAUUAAGAUGGCGCUGAUCGUCGGUACCGAUUUUUGUUGUUGGAUGCCAGUCAUCAUCAUGGGAAUCUUGUCUCAGACAGGCGUGAUCGACCUACCGGUAUCCCUGUAUGCAUGGGCGGUGGUUUUUAUCUUACCGAUUAACUCCACUGUAAACCCAUACCUUUAUUCUUUGGUCGCUUUGUGCUCGCGCAGGAAGAAGGAUGAUUUUCCGAUGACAGGUCUCAGUGUGAACGCUAUAUCGAAAAUUCAUCACUAAGUUUUAGGAUAUCUUAUAUAGGAAAUCAGAUACUUGUAGACUGAUAUUCACUAGGAUUGGCAACAUUAAAUAACGGGACACAUCAAUAACAUAAUGAGCUUCAGAUAUAUUACAGACAAGACCUCUAGUUAGUGUUUAGAGGAUGGAUAUACAUGCCCACCUGUAUCUUCAAUGAAUGAGCUAUAAAGAACUGACUGUAUUUGUUAGGCAGUGAUGGACAAUCGCAAGGACCCAUCUUUCCAGAUCUUAGUAUGGAACUAUUAAUUAUUUCCUUAAUUUCUUUCGAAAUGUGAGAUUAUGAUAAACUUGUGUGAAACUUUGGAAAAAAAAUUCUAGCCCAAAAUACAUCUUCUGAUAAACAGUUGACAGAAUAGGUAAUAGCUAAAGUUAAUUAUGAACCUGCUUAUCGCGAUUGGGCCAUUAUGAUGAGCCACUACAUUUAUCGGAGCAGGAAGUACCUUUCAUACCUAAACCCAAAAUGCACCUUGUAAUAAACAGUUUACAAAUAGGUAAUAGCUUAAAUGAAUUGUGAACCUACUUAUUGCGAUAUGCAAAACAAUUUCAUUUAGUACAGUUGGCUUGUGCAUGUAGGUAAGUUGAACCUUUGAUUCUUAAUAUGUGAAAAAAGUCUAAAUACCUAAACAAAAAAACAAAAACCUGGGCCAUUCAACAU